UUAAUGUUUCGUUUUCAGGCUGUACCCAGAAAGGCUGGCCUUUAUCGCUGGGAGCCAUUUCACCAGGCUUUCUUUCCCUGUCAUCUUCCAGAAACAGCCCAGGGUUUCAGAGGUAGAAGAUGCCCCGCACUAGCCUGCACCCAUCCAUCCCGAGGCCCAGGGGCAUGGGGGCCCAGAAGGCGGCUUUGGUCCUGUUGGCAGUCUGCCUGGCAGCCCUUUGGAGGCUGGGGGAGUCCCCGGACCAUACUCUCCGAUGGCUGGUGCUCCACCUGGCCUCCCUGCAGCUGGGACUGCUGUUCACGGGGGUCUGCCAUCUGACUGAAGAGCUGUGUCACCUCCAUUCCAGGUACCAGGGCAGCUACUGGAGAGCUAUGAAGGCUUGCCUGGGCAGCCCCGUUCGCAGUGGGGCCCUGCUGCUGCUGUCCUGUUAUUUCUACAGCACCCUCCCCAGCACAGACCUGCCCUUCACUUGGAUGCUUGCCCUCCUGGGCCUCUCACAGGCAUUGAACAUCCUCCUGGACCUCCAGGGCCUAGCCCCAGCUGAGGUCUCUGCAGUCUGUGAAAAAAAGAAUUUCAACGUGGCCCAUGGGCUGGCAUGGUCGUAUUACAUUGGGUACCUGCGGCUGAUCCUGCCAGGGCUCCCGGCCCGGGUACUCACUUGCAAUCAGCUGCACAACAACAUACUACGGGGCACAGGGAGCCAUCGGCUGCACAUCCUUUUCCCACUGGACUGUGGAGUGCCUGAUGACAUGAGUGUGGCCGACCCCAACAUUCGCUUCCUGUAUGAGCUGCCCCAGCAAAGCGCUGACCGUGCUGGCAUCAAGGGCCGGGUUUACACCAACAGCGUCUAUGCGCUUCUGGAAAACGGGCAACAGGCAGGCAUCUGUGUUCUGGAGUAUGCCACCCCCUUGCAGACCCUUUUUGCCAUGUCACAGGAUGGCCGAGCUGGCUUUAGCCGGGAGGAUCGGCUUGAGCAGGCCAAACUCUUCUGCCGAAUACUUGAAGACAUCCUGGCAGACACCCCUGAGUGUCAGAACAACUGCCGCCUCAUUGUCUACCAGGAACCCGCAGAGGGAAGCAACUUCUCCCUGUCACAGGAGAUUCUCCGGCACCUUCGGCAGGAGGAAAGGGAGGUCACUGUGGGCAGUGUGGGGACCUCAAUGGUACGCAAUCCCUCUGUGCUGUCCCAAGAGCCCAAUCUCCUCAUCAGUGACAUGGAACAGCCUCUCCCACUCCGUACAGAUGUCUUCUGAAGCCCAGGGUUACCUGGUCUGCACUCCCAAUGCUCCCCAAGAUUCUGGAUUCCCAAGACUCUGGAUUGAGAAGCUUUCUUCAGCAGCUGAAUGGCCAGAAGAAUCAUUUCUUCCCACAAGGACCCUCUCAGAGAUGGUCCCUGAACUUAACAUCUCAAGAUGAAUCCUAUGACCUUGGGCAAGUUAUUUUGCCUCUCUGAACCUCAGUGUGCUCAUCUGUGAAAUAGGAUUAUAAUCAUUGCCCUACCUACCUCACAGGGUUGUUGUGAGGACGAUGUCUGGAACUUUUUUGUAAACUCUAAAUGCCAGGUAAACUUAAGGGACACAUCAGGUGUCUUCCACUGGA